UCUGCAAAAGAUUUAGAUCAACUUUACUUUACAUAUGACCUUUCCGAGGGUUAUGUAAUGAGGUUUCUACAAUGUACAGCCCACCCCGGAAGAGAUACUGUAACGUUUCCAAACACCCACAAGCUCAUUGAAAACGACUGCACUGUGGAUGCAAACCUCAUCAACAGUUUUGCCCCGAAUAAAACCGUCGUCGUCGGCACAAGUACCCGUUAUUACACUGAGCUGACCAUGUUUCGCUUCUGGGUGUCUCUAUACCUUACGAUUCAGUGUGACAUCAUGAUCUGCCGCUCGGACAGCAAUGCGACAUGCACUAUGGCAACAUGUCCAAACACGAGAAAAAGAAGAGCAGUUGAUGACGUGGUGGACCAAGACGUUGAGGUCAUGACCUCAGUGACAACGUUCAAAGUUCUCGAGGACCCGGACUACAUUCUCUAUCCAUAUAUGUCGUCAUCGUCUCUUGUAUUUCCAAGAAUCUUUAUGCUGUGGGUAAUGACAAGUUUUGUAGCACAGUGGAUCAACAUAUAAUUAAACCACUACAACAGACCAGAGACGAAUGGCUUUGUGAAUACAUUGUUCUUCUCAUUGCAAUUUUCACAAGUGAAAAAAACUGUUGUUAGAUUAUUCUGUUAGAGCUACUCAUUUCAGCCUUAUAAAUAUCAGAACGAUAAAUCUACACAAAUUUGGUCUUUACAUAUAUUGUACAUCAGUUUUAUGGAAUGCAUCGAUUUUACUGAAAGUUUAAGUGGAAAUGAAGUGUCUUUGCAAAAUAUCUCUUGAAAAAAUUGCUUUCUGACGGUAAUUAAACCGUCUGGGUUUGCUGCGUUAAAAUUGAUGAUUUUUGAAAUUAUAUUUGUUUAGAAUUGCAAUGAACUAAUAUCUGCUGGCAUUCAAACCAAUAAAGCCAAAAUAUCUGGUUGCUAAUAUGAUAAUCUUGCAAAUGAGUUGUUAUAUAAAUAAAAUGUUAUAGUUGAUAAAUUG